AUGCCCUCGACGCGUCCCUCCCGUGCCACCGCGCGAACGGCGAACGACGCGUAUUCCGAUGGCGGAGACACGGAUCCCGAGCAGGAGACGCCCAGACCAACCCACCGCACCAUGUCCAAAAAGCGCCUGAGCGAUGUCUACGGAGUAGACCACGACGACAGCUUUACUUCAGAAUCUGGACGUGCCCCACUCAAGUCGGUGAAUAUCAACGACGAUGCUGCGGAGAAGCGGAGGCGAAGAAAGAGCGCAAAGACUGCAGUGUCAAUGGUUUUAGUUGAUGGCGACCAAGCGGGACCGUCUUCGGAGGGGGGGCAAGGAGAAGGGCCACCCGAGGGGUCUAGUGCAGCCGCGCAGGCUAGACAGAAACAACAGCUUCUCUCUGUAGCACAGGCUCCAGUGAUCGACGUCCCACUCGAUGUUAUGAGCUCAAAUUUUGAAGAAUGGAUGAAGAUGGCCACAGACAAUAAAAUCAAUGCAGCCAAUUCAUGGAACUUUGCGCUUAUUGAUUACUUUCAUGAUAUGUCUCUACUGCGUAACAACACCGACAACUCGAUCAAUUUCCAACGAGCGUCGUGCACUCUUGAUGGCUGUGUCAAAAUUUGGACGAGCCGUGUGGACAGCGUUGGGACGGAGACCGGGAAACUUUUGAGCAACUUGGCCACCGAAGGCAAGACAGACGAUGAUUUAGAGGAGGGUGCAGAUGGUGACAACCUCGAUGGUCAGGACCCAAGUCAGGGGCAACGCAAGCGCAAAACCCACCGGGCAGAGUCGACGCUCGCUAAAUCUGCUGCGCAACUCCGCAACAAGAAGCUCGACCUCGAAUUCAGCGUGGACCCCUUAUUCCGGAAGACCUGCGCGGAUUUUGAUGAAGGUGGUGCACAGGGGUUGCUCAUGAACCAUCUCAGCCUCGGGGUUGGCUCUGAGGGCAGUUUGCGCGUUGUGUUUGAUGCUAGUGAUUCAAUGGGUAAAGGUGGUGAGGAUGAAGAUCCACUGGAGGAGCCGGAAGAUGAAGUGGACUUCAGCUACUUGCGAAAACAGUUUCUUCCUUCACUUGAAAUACUCAACGAGAAGGCCAUCUCUCACUCGUUAGAAGGAUUUUCUUUCUCCAAAGAUACCUUCUCAUUCGACGAUACCACCUUCUUCCGCGACGAUCCACCGAUUGUCCACAAUGUCGACGAUGACGACGACCCUGAACCAUUUGAUGACAAUGAUGCAAUCGUCGACGUGCAACUCAUGGACAUGGACGGCGAUGCAAAUGCACCCCCCGUAGAGGACUUCUUCGUCGGCGACCAGGCCGUGGGCGAUGAUUAUGUGGGCGACAAUUCGAGUCCAAGAGAUGAUUUCGACGCUGGAAGUCAGUCGGAGGACGCAGUCGCACCAGGAGGUGCUGGCGGUUCGAAUGAUUUCGUACCUUUCGACCCUCGUCGAGUUCCCAAUGAACGCGAUCUUGUCAUGGCCAUGACGGACAACGGCGAAGCUGGAGAUGGCCUGAUGAUGGACUACUUCGAUCAGACCUUCUUGAAGAACUGGGCCGGACCCGAACAUUGGAAGCUGCGCAAGGUGGUAAGAAGACCGGAUGCCCCUGAAGCAACGGCUCCGAAAGCUAAGCGGGAAAAGAAAGAAGCAUUCAAGAUAGACUUCCUGACGCCAUCGGCCAAGGACUCUAAAGCGCUAGCUAAGGAGUUGUUCGUGCCCGUGACUCGUGGUACGGGCAUCACUCUACCUGGACCAUCGUCACGCAAGGCGCCUGGUCGCAAAGGGUCCCGCGGUAAGAAGGCCAAGGAUACGGAGAUGGACAGACGUCAUGAUCAAACGCUGCCGGACGACAUGCAUUUCUCGAGCCGACAGCUUGUGACUCUGUUCCUUAAACCCAAAUUCUCGCUCAAGAUGCGUGGGCGUCGUGCUCGUCCAGGUCAGUCAGACGAGAUAGAUGAGAAUUUCUGGGCACAGGCGGCAGCAGAUCAAGCUGCAGGUCGUAGCGGGGAUGACGGUGAUGAAACCGCUAACGGAGGCGCUAUACCCUUCAAUACGCAGUUCUUUCACGACGACUAUGAUGAUGGACCCGGCUUUGACGAUGUUUUUGAUGGCGGGGAGCCUGGCGACAGUAUAGAACCCGGAGAGCAAGACUUGCUAGCGGCGACUCAGGGCCAGACUCGACGUGUACGGCCAGAGACCGUGAAUUAUGCCAAGAGAGCGAAGAGGGUGGACGUACGAAAGCUCAAAGAAAACAUCUGGAAAGGCCUUGACAUUGUCGUACCGCCGCCUCCCGACGAGGAUGAGGAUGCGAUGGAUACGGAUAGCCGAAUCGCAACGGAUCCUUCAGAGGCUCGGCAAUUUACAUCUGUUAUUACCGACCUGCAGAAGACAUACCCGAAGGAGAAGAUGGACGAGAUCAGCACAAGCUUUUGCUUCAUUUGUCUUCUGCACCUGGCGAACGAGCAGGGAUUGAAACUUGAGACCCAGAACGAGCCAACAAGUGAUACCCCGCGGCAGGAUAUGUCCGUAGGGCGAAUAUGGGACCUCAAGAUAUAUCGGGAUCCAGAUGCGACUGCUGCCUCAUAGCGCAUUGCACAUGGGUACAAGACGGAUGAACAUUAUUCAUAUUUUAUAUCCUCUUGGUUAUUGUAGUCCUUGAUGUUCUCGAUGCUCCGAUAAUUGUGCUAGAUGUGGGUCUUCAGCAGCC